AUGAAAGAUCUAACGAAAAAUAAAUUACAGAUGGAAUUAAAUAAAGUUAUUUUGAAUGUUGGUGGCACGAGGCAUGAGACUUAUAAAUCUACACUUAAAAAAAUACCAGCUACUCGAUUAUCGCGGCUAACAGAAGCACUUGUUAAUUAUGAUUCAAAUUUAAAUGAAUAUUUCUUCGACAGGCAUCCCGGCGUGUUUAAUCAAGUCCUUAAUUAUUAUCGUACCGGCAAGCUUCAUUAUCCCAGUGAUGUUUGUGGUCCAUUAUUUGAAGAGGAACUUGAAUUCUGGGGUCUCGACUCUAAUCAGGUUGAGCCGUGCUGCUGGAGCACUUACAGCACUUACAAGGACACAAAGGCGACCCUUGCGAUUCUCGACAAGCUCGACGUGGAGGGUAUGAAGCUGUCCGAGCAAGAAAUAGCACAUUUGUUCGGAUAUGAGGAAGAGUACGCGCGUGGAACGUUAACACGAUGGCAACGUCUAAAGCCACGUAUUUGGGCAGUGGUAGACGAGCCUUAUUCAUCAACAUUUGCCAAAUAUAUUGCCUGUUUAUCCAUCCUCUUCAUCUGUCUCUCAGUCCUAUCAUUCUGCCUGAAAACAAAUCACGGGGGCAGUAAUCCACGGGCGUCUUCCGCUCGUAAAGCAUUUUAUUACAUCGAGCACGUUUGCAAUGCCUGGUUUGCUCUGGAAAUCAUCAUCAGGUGUCUCGUCAGUCCCAGCCUCAAACGGUUCGUCGUAUCCCCGGUUAAUGUAAUCGAUAUGGCAGCGACACUCAGCUUUUACACCGAGCUUUUCAUGACCAAAUCAAACAUUUACCUAGAAGUCCUUUCGAUUGUCCGCGUGCUCAGGCUCUUUAAAUUAACCAGGCACUCACCAGGACUGAGGAUUCUUAUCCAUACUUUCAAGGCUUCUGCAAAGGAAUUGGGACUUUUGGUCUACUUUCUUGUUCUGGGGAUCGUUGUUUUUGCCAGUCUCAUUUUUUACGCUGAACGAUUGCAGGAAAAUCCGUCGAACGACUUCAAUAGUAUACCAGAGGGACUAUGGUGGGCACUAGUAACCAUGACGACAGUUGGCUACGGUGACGUUACACCCAAGACAUUUCCUGGGAUGUUCGUCGGCGGACUGUGUGCUCUUGCCGGGGUAUUGACUAUUGCCCUACCGGUGCCCAUUAUCGUCAGCAAUUUUUCUAUGUUCUACUCACACAGCCAGGCACGCAGUAAAUUACCCAAGCAGAGAAGAAAAAUUCUACCCGCGGAAAUACCUCGGCGACGUAGUCAGAGGCUCAAUCAGCUCAAGAUCAACGACCAUUUCGAGACUUCUUUUGGUGACGGCACUGACCAGUCAAUUAUAUCCCGAGCAAACGAAGAGGAGAAAUGCGAGGUCUAA